AUGGAGCGUCAACCGAUCAAAGAUGAAGAUCAACCAAUCGAAUUUGUUAGGAAACAUAAGUUUAAGGAUACUUUGGCAUUGUUUAUUGUAUUUUUGAGUUUCAAUCAUUUUGCCUCUCUAUGUCUACUGGUGUCAUUUGUGCUUGCCACUAGAUUUAGAUAUUUCUUGGCAAACUGCCUCAUCACACUGUUUCUAUCCAAGAAACCAUCGCCAAAGAUGAAUGAAAUCUCCGAUAGGGAUGAUGGGCAUAAUAACGACGAUAAUAAUCAUAAUAAUAAUAAUAAUAGUAAUAAUAAUAGUAAUAAUAAUAAUAGUAGGUUCAAUGGUCAGAAAGUUUUACACACACCGAUAUUACUUUUGUCUUGUGAAAUACUAGUGGCUACCAUUUUGAAACUUUAUGCUGAGGAAUGUUUUUUAAAUCCAAUUGAAAAUUUAGCCUUUUCCAUCUUAGCAUCUUCAUUAAUUAAUGAUCCAAGUGAUUGUUUGAGUUAUGCUACUUCCUGUUCCGUUCUAUAUGCAAUAACAUUAAACAUUUGUAAAAAAUUGGGACCAUUAUCGCACUUUACUGGGGUUUGGGAUAAUUAUGGAGAAUUCCGUUAUUUUACUAUUCCAAUUUGGAGGCCUGGUCGGCAUUUAAAAUUUCGAGGUGUUGAAGAAUCAUUCAUCAUUAAUUACCUGAAUAAGUACGUGCAUCAUCUAUUGUACUAUAUUUCAUUUCACAUUGUCGUCUUUCAAUUUUCCCAAUCAAUCUUCAAUCCCAAUUACUAUGCAUACGAAUCCAAAAAUUCUAAAAAAUCAACAAGAGGACUGUCACCUAAGUCAGAUGUACCUCGUAAUGUCAUUAAUCAGAAGUUACAUUCCUCUGGAGUAUUGAAACCUUUUCAAUUUGUCAACAGUAAUGGUGGUAAUGUUUCUGCAACCGGCGUGGACGGGAAUAUUGGAGCAAAUAAUACAAGCAUAUCAACUAAUUCUAAUAAUUCCUCAACUGAAGAACCUACCGCUUACACUUCUGGGAUUAAUGUUCAUGAGUAUAGUGGACUGAAUUCGCAUGGUAAUUCUACUAGCACUAACAAUUCUGGUUUAAGAAAACUGAAUUCGAAAAACGUAAUUCCACGUUUCACCAAUGUUGUUAGUCAGUUCAAAUUGUAUGAACCUUCUGUAAUUUCUGCAGCAGGUAGUAAUUCGCAGACUUUAGCCACUAAUGUUACCAUGAGAGAUGCUGAUUCUUUGAGAGAAAAUAAUUUUACAAACCAAUUUUAUGAAAUGCAAGUAAAUUUUAGCCAGAUGGGGAAGACAAGAAAUUUGAAAACAGAUUUGAGCGUCACAAGUAAUCUGGAAAAUUUCAUCCAUCAUCUUUUCAAGAGAAAAAAUCAACAUUUAAUUGCUCCCCUAUGGUCUAUGGUCGUUACUUUGAAGACAAUAAACUUUGAGAAGAAACAUUUGAGUGCAAAUGCAGUCACUAAUUCUAAUUCUUCGUCUAUGCAAAACGAUGGUGAAAGUAGUGAUGAUAUUACACCAACCAAUUCUGAUAGUAGUUUGAACCGUGAUGAAUCAUAUCAAAGUGUUUUCAAUAAAUUGCAAACUCGUGAUGCGAUGGCUCUCAUUGCGCAGACUGCAUUUGACGAUUAUUCACAAUUAAAUUUAGUCUCCAGCAAGGAUAACAUUUUUGAUAAUGGUACUAGAAACUAUAAAGUUUGCAUAACGGAAAUAUCUCUAAACUCAAUUACUUUCCAUAUUGAAAAUCUUCAUGAAGGUGAACUGAUCGUAUUGGUCAAUGGUGUCAUUUGGUCAGAAGUUUCAUGCGCUCUCAUCUUAGAUUGUGAAGGAGAAGAGCUGGUUGUCGUGGGGGGACUGGUCCCUGCAUGCUCGUACGAUAUCCAAUUUAUCAAUAGGUUAAACUGUACUGAGGAUUAUUUGAUCUCUGAUUUAAUGGUAAGAACCCUCUGUAAUAAGGAGCAACCUGAAAAAUUUGAAAAUAUCGACUUCAGCUUUCCCUCUUAUUAUCACAGAAAAUUUCUUUCCCCUCUCCUAACUUUAAAGCAUUCAGUUUUGACCACUAACACCAAUUUGGCUGAAAGUCGUAUCAAACUUAAGAAGACAAAGAAAGAGGUUAGUAAAAAAUUGAGUACGUUGAGACAAGAUAUCGACCAUUUCAAGGCUAAAAUUUCUCAGAAUGCCACUAAUGAUGAAAAAAGUGCCGCUAAAGUGGAUAGUUUGAAAAUUGCGUUACAAUUCAAUGAAGUUAAUCUCAACAAAUUGGAAGACGAAUUAAAAACAUUUACUGAGCAAGAACUAGAACUCGAAGAAGAAUACUUAAAGCAAAAGGAUCUACACUUGAGAAAACAAAUGGAUCAUGAUAAAUUGAAAGAGUCUCUUGAGACCGAUUUGAAAAAUUUAAAUCUAAAACAGCAAAAGUUACAACAAGAAUUCAAUCAAUUAUCUUCUAAAAAGGAUAAACUUUCCAUUAGACACGAUCGUCUUCAAAGAGAAGUCGACCAAAAUACAGAAGAGUUUGAAUUGUUUAAAUCUCAAUUUCUCGCCAAAAGGGAAACUGAUAGGAUUAAAAAGAAAGAAAUUAGAGCUAGAGAGAUAAACGAAUUUGAAAUGACCAUUAAGGGCCUUGAACAAGACAUCAGUCGCCUUGAAGGUGAAAAUGGUAGCAUGCAUAAACUAGUGCAUGGUUUUUAG